UGCAAAUUGCCUUGCGCCACACUACAUCUACUGGCGCCGUGUACAAACUUCGAACGUGUUUUACUGCACAUGGAUGAAGGAAAACUGUGAUGUUUUGAGGAUGCACAGUGAAUCAACUAAGACAGAGCAACAUCGGGGAAGAGUUCUUUGAGAAGAAACUUCUUCAUGAAGGUGCCAUCCACCCUGAGAAAUCACCAAUGGAUCGAAGGCCUCUUGAAAAACACCGGCAUUCAAAAUCCAGCCGACGAGCUCUUUUCAAAGAAAACAUGUCCCCAAGAUUAAAGACUUCUGGAAGGCGCAAGACGGCACUUUAUCAAACAAAGGAGCUGUGUCAUACCACAUUGCAUGAGGUACAAGAGAAUGUGCAUUUGCAGCCCGCUGGAAAAAGACAAAGCAGUGCGUCAAAUUGUGUCAGAGACAACACUUUGGGCGCUUCUAGAAUAAUGAAUUUAGCCACGAGAGGAACUGAAACAACUCUGUGUGCCGUUGAUGUAAAUGGACGUGCGAGACAUCGGGGGACCAGAACCAGCGAUAGUGUACAGGACAACGUAAUGUUCGGGAGCCAGCACCAAACCACAAAGAAUUGUAGUGCAAAAGAAUCUGGCAUUUCUUUAAAGGAAUCAGAGUACGUGUACAUACCAGAUCAUGUUAACAGAUUGACCUCGGUAAACAAUCACUUGAUUGAAGAUGAUCCCAGAUCCCGUUCAAAAGUUCAGGAUAAUGUUGUGUAUGACAAGACAUUCGCAACUUGCCCUGAUGAUAAAGUCACAGGAAUAGAUGUAUGUGGAUUGUCAGCAACAGUGCCACUACUGGAUGGAACUGGCCGUAACUGGUUUGAGGCAGAUCUAUCACGUUUGAUGAUCCAGCAGAGUGAUCAAAUUGUAAGGAUUCAGGAGAAACAACAGCCCAGUGUUCAAGACAAUGUCGUCUGCAACCUCGCCCUCUCUGUUCGAGAUGGGUCUGGUUCUGAACCCUCAAAUUCAGUUCUGAGCCAGGAACUUGAGGAAACAGAGGAGCUUGGUGAGAAUCAAAACCAGAGAGAACCGGUGGGAUCUGGUUCUGACCAGUUGUGUUCAGCUGAGGAAAGCGACAUGAUGUUUGCAGGUGAUACCUUUGACGGUAGACACGAGGAUGCUGAGAUACAGGAACAUCCGAAAACUCCAGAGGAAUGGUUAGUUGAACCACUACAGCGGCUGUCUCUUGGCAUCAACAACGACCAAUCAGAAUGCUUGCAGAACACCAAAGGCAUCAUGGGUACCCAUAGGCCACUAGUGUACAUGUCGGAUCUACCCGACACUUCCCACACCCCAGCACAGACGCCCUCACAGCACCCUGAACAAUGCCUUGCAUCUGUGCAGCGUGUGGAGGAGUUGAUUAUUCACAGUCCUGUGCCUCCGUCGGAUGUGCCAUACUAUUCCACAUCGUCAUACAAUCGACAAAUAAUCUACGAUCAACCCUUUGACAAUCAUGACCAUUUCAUAGACGGGUCGUACAGGCAAGCAACCAAUCCAGCAUACAGCAGACACAAUCAGUCCAACUUUCAACAGGAAUUUAUCAUCCACGCAACAAGAGACGUCCAAAGUUUCAGCUCAUGCAAAGAUUAUCCAGAUGACAACGACGGAAGCGAUCAACACUGGUCAGAUACGUGCAUCACACCCAGUAAACAACCCAGUGGAUUAGGGUCUGUCCCAGAUGUGAAUUUAGAUGCACUCCUACAGCAGCCAGAAUACCCAUCAGAGGACCUAAAUGGCAGGUGGUAUGCACCUGACUCCAAUGGCUGGAUCGAAGUACAGUCUCACAGGCCAACAAGCUUAUACAGCCAACUGACCAACCCUUCCAAACUGUUGGGAGUAACACCAAUUCCACAACAAAACCUUGAUAUGUAUUGGACAGAGGCAGCAGGUUUAGAUAAUCAGGAAUUCAUUGCCUACCAAACUGACAUGGAGCAUCACCGUGCAAUCGAAUCAGACAAAAAUCAGUCAACCUCGAGACCUGCAAGGACCUCGAAUAUCAGGAUUGGGAAUACCAGCUUGCCUUUCACCGGGACUCCUUCACAUGUGACAUCCUCCUACUCAAGUGAAAGCUUCCUGCAUCACCAGCCCCGAAGCUCAGGUUCUUCAGAUGUCUCUCAACCACUGGAUUUCGAUCUUCGGGAACUCGACCAAUUUGAUGAUGCUGACUUGUACAGGUUCUCAGAAACAGAUGACUUUGUCCAUUCCAAGCCUGUGGACGGUCUGUAUGCAAGAUCCACUCCGGCAAAACUUGACAAGAAUGGCGUCUCAAGAGCAUCUGAGAAAUCAGGAAAGAGCAGAUCAAGGAAGAAACUGGAUGAGGAAAAAGAGACAGAAAAACAAGAUGAAGAUAAAGACUUGUGUGAGUUGAGAACCGGAGAGGGGCCUACAAACAACUGGAAUAAUAACAAUAUUGCAGUAUUUGAUAAUGGGCUUCAAACGAGAUUGACCUCUUCAAUGAAGAUGGUGAGCAAAAGUAGUGAUGAUGCGAGAACAGACCAAUGGAAAGACUCCAAGGUGUCAUCAUCACCAACAGCGGUUACAUCACCAUCGACGGUUACUGUCAACGCAGCUGUGCUUCACACAAAGCUGCAGUGCAGUUUGGAGUCUGGUGCUCUUAACCUGGCCAGCCUUAUCAAGGAAUCUUCCAUUAGUGAUCAGUUGAUUUUCCCACGCUAUGAUCCCGCUUCUGACACCAAAAUGUCACCACUGAGGCAUUCCUACCCCUCAAGUCCAGGACAAGCACUCACGUUGGAUGACCUGAAGCUAAGCAUAUCUCCAAAUGAUCUGAGGCUAGAGAGAGCCCCAUCCUUCAGAAGGACCAGAGCAGACAACACAGCUCAGUUUUCAGCCGUGAGUGUAAGACACCGGGACAAAAACAGGUCACCUUCUUAUGAAUAUGCAAAUAGAAGGUCAGUGCCAUCAACAAGAACCCACAGGACAAGUGAAGCCACGGGUUUCAUACGAAGCAGGAAUUUUGUUGACCGGAGUUCACACCAAACCCAAAGUGGAAACACUGGUAGGACACAACAGAGAACAAAAAAUAAUGUGAAACAUUUGAACGGAGUCCCUAAACCUCAGAAGUCUGCUGGUUUUCCAAAGAAAAGUUGCACACCAGUGACAGCAUCAAAAAGUCUCAGCCCCUUGGCCUUAUCAAGCAGUCACAGCCCCAGACAGACAUUCUCCAUUCUCUGGGCAUUCAAGAUCCUAGAUAUUCUCCACAGUGCAUCGCCAGAUAAGCAUGAAGAACUCGUCACCAAGCUGUACUGGUUCCGCCGAUGGCACAAGAAUGUUCGUCUGAUCAAGACACGACAGGAAGAAAGGGAAGAACAGCGCGACAGAGCCACAUCCCACUACAAGAUACAGCUGAUGACAAGAUGUCUGCAGGCCUGGAAACUGGCUCCACCGUGCCACAAGAGGGCGGCAGACAAGCUGCGAGAGACGCAUCUGCUGAAGAAGGCACUGCACGGACUACGGUGGGCUGUAAUGCAGAGCAGCUUGGAGAUGGAGGGCGCUGUUUCAAGAUGUGAAAAGUUUGUCAAGCGUCGUCACUUUGGCACUUGGCGUGAUCUGUAUCAAGUACGGACUGAGCGUGCCCAGUUACUUGAGAAGCUCGCUGCGAAGCAUUCCAUUGCAGUGACUUUUCAGACGUGGAAAGAUCGGUACAACUUGGCGCAGAAAGAUGGCAUCGCUAGACUGCACUACAAAGUCAGCCUCCUAAGCCAAGGCUUCCAAUGUUGGAAGCUAUUCACCAGCCAAUCCAAGGUCAAAGGUUACCGUGGUGAGAUGAGCCGGGUUCACCAUGAGGAGAAGAUAGUUCAGAAGGCAUGGCACGUCAUGAGGGCGGUGUAUACACAAACGCAGAGAGCUAACAGUCACUACAGUCAAAAGCUCCUAUCUGCUGUGAUUCAUACCUGGGUACGAGGCAGUCAGCUGGCCAAGGCAGAGCGACAUCAGCAGCACAGCCAGGCACUGGAACUGAGACGACGUGGCCUCUUGAGGGCGCACUUCAAGCGUUGGAAGGAGGAGUUGCUUGUCAUGCAGGUGAAGCAGAGGUUGGAUAGAGUGCGCAAGAGGUAUGUCUGGGAGUUGUGGACCCUCCGCCUACAGAGGCAACAGCUCUACCGCCAGAUCAUGGAGUCCCAGGCCCGCAAGGUUGCCAAGCAACGCGUCUUUAGCAAAUGGAUGCAGGUCGCUAGGCAACAGAAGGAGGCAGCAAGGAGAGCUUCUGUCAUCCUAAGACAAAUGUAUCUCAAGAUCGUGUUUCAGAGAUGGAGGAGUUAUGUGAACAGGGAACGCAAACUCAGGAGUACACUGUCAACUGCCAUCAGUAACACCAGCCUCAGAACCAAGCAGUGCACGCUACUCACAUGGUCAACCAGACUGAGAGUACACCAGGCCAGGCAGGCCGCACACAGAGCCUGGUCACUGAAAUGUGUCAUGAGAGCGGUCAGCAAGUGGAAGGAGAGAGUGCGACAUCGUCGACUGGAAGACAGACUAGUGCAGUUCCAGCCUGUUCAUGACCAACAUGUGAAAAGAGACGCAUUCAAGAGGUGGACGCACGAGCACCGCCUGGCCCUUCAAGACCACCAGAGGGCGCUCUCUGCACGGCACAAGCUCUUCAGGAAUCGGAUUCUGAGGUUCUUGUUGUCGUGGCGACUGCUUGCCAAGGAGUCCAAAACCAUCGCUCCGCUGUUGGAGAGAAGAGACUGGAAACAUCUGGCCAGUUCAUUUGAUGCAUGGCGUGAGAGAGUACUAAGGAAAAAAGCCUGCAAGCAGUACCGGUCUUUACGGAGCAGCAGGUACCUUGAGAAGUCCUUCAUGACAUGGAGGGAACAAACUGCAUCAAGACAGAAGGUCCGCUCAGUCCUGGACUCCCUGCUGACGUCCAAGUUAACCAGGGCCUUCCUAGGCUGGAGGGAAGUCAUCCAACGUAAAGUCAACUUGAAGGUAUUUUUGAAGCGACGGCAAGACACCACAGUGAGGGGGAUCUUUGAUUGCUGGAGGAAGGCAAGCGAAGAGGAAAUGUUGACGCGAGAGGUGGAGCAAGGUGACAAGGCUAGAGAGGUUCUUCUUGCGACUGUCUUCUUCAGCAUGUGGUCUAAGAAUGCCCGACAACAGAGGGAAACUGAAGAUAGCCUCAUUGGUGAUCACGGAAUGAGGUGGUGUACUAGAAAGAUCCGAGCAGCAUACCAACAGUGGAGGAGGCAGUUACUAGUCCAAAAUAUUGCCAGGAAUGCUCAAGCUGACAGAGAAGCAAGCUUAAUGCACCGCGUCUUCCAGGCAUGGCAUCAGGAAACCAAGUCCACAUACCAGCAGCUCACAGAGAGGUUCCACAUGGCUUUCGAUGUGAUGAGUAUGAGCUUCCCAAAUGACAGCGUCAGUCCUAAAUCAGCCUUGUCAGCCCCGACCCUUGACCUGCAACAGUCCCUUAGUAGCAGCAGUGGAGGGUCACAAGGUCUGCCGGCUCACUUAUCGACAGCCGAUAGUGGGUAUGGGAAUGGCAUGGGACUGCCUUUAAUAGAGUCCCAUCAGAGUCAUCAAGACGCUUCACAGUGUCAACAAGACAUCCUCCAAGAUGAUGGCAGGAGCAGAGACAAGCAGGAAGAGAACUCUCAGACUGGUAACAGGCAAGAUCAGCUUCUGCCGUUUCAGGGGAGCAGGGUCAGCAGAGUUCGAGGAGCUUCUGGACUGAGACUCCGUGUUGCAGUUUCUUCUGAUGAUGACAUGUAUCCAGAAGAACUGCCGCAGACAGUGGGUAGCCCGAGAUUCAAGGAUUCUAGACAUCCUCUCAAGCCACAGUCUCAACCCUUACUGCCAAGCUCCAUGAGGUCUGGUGCCACACCCCAGCCAAACGGUGGUCUCCACUCACCUAGAGGCAGCCGUGCGACUUCAUUCCUGAGACGACGUGCCAGUCUGGAUCAGAAUCUUCCCAGCUCCCAAGUCAAUCACAGGAUGUCCUCCGCUUCCAGGAUGCCCGGAGCCCGGUGGGGUGGGACACGAAGUGCAAGCGUAGACCAAGGUCUGUUGUCAUCUCCCGCAGUUAUCAACCACCUAAGGAACAUCCACAGGAAAUCACAGACUGAAAACCCAAUGCUUUUCUCAACCGAAGAAGAACCAGAGGUUGCUUUCAAUUCAGUAGAACUUGGAUCUCCCCCUUCUGAAAGUCUGAUCUUCUCACAGCCUCAGAGUCCUGACUCUCACAACCUCCAAGCUUCUACUUAUCACAACGGUGUACCAAUCCCACUGGAUACCAGUCCCCGUUCUCACUCUCCACCUCAACCUUGGUCAUCACCAUCUCAUACUCCUCUUUCAUCAUCGCCCAGAUCUUCCUUUAGCCCAAACUUGUCCAAGUCUCUCUUGCCUCUGAGCCCAAGGCACCACCUGUCUCCCACCCUGUCUGAAAGGAAGUCUCAGACAAUUCCUGACAGUCAUCACUCGCACCUGUCCAAUUUGAUCUCCCCUCUGAGCCCAAGAUCCCUCACAUUUCGCAGACUUUCAGAAGGGCAGUCACAGACAAUCUCAGAUAGUCGCAGAUCCUCCGUCUCAGAUUCCAGCAGCACAGGCCCAGAGAGUACCCGCAGCAGCAGUUAUUACAUGCAGUUGGUUGGCUACGACCUUGAGAGUAGGUCCAGGACCGCAUCAGAGUAUGCUCCGAGCGUCUUUUCAGAUGGGGCUCCGCCAGUCAGCCCACCGGUAGACCAAAAGACCUACCUGCGAUCUCUCAUACUUCAUUGGCGUCUGUGGCCUGCUAGCGCAGCUUUCAACCAGUGGCUUGACUACGCUCGCCGUCGUAGAGACUUGCGAGAGCUUGCUGAGAGAACGGACAACUUAUUCCGUCAGAUAAGACUGCAUCGUGCCUUGAUGACGUGGCAGAGAAGGUGUCAUGUUGAGAGGCUGGCAAGGAACCAUUGGGAAAUGAAAAGCAAACUGGUUCAUCUGAAUACAUGGAUCCAAUACAGUCGGAACUACCAGAGGUACACGAGGCAGAGGACAGAAGCAGAGGACAUGGCAAGCAACAACAGACUCAACUCGGCAUUCCAUAUAUGGAAGACCAAGCACAAGAAGCAUAAGGCGGUUCUGAGUAUCGUCCAUAACUGGAAGGGAUAUGUUCAGCAGACAGUGAACCUAGAGGAUCGCACUAAGGACCUCAGACAUCAGAUACAGCGACGGAGCACGCAGGAAUGCUUCAGGUCCUGGAAAGUGCGGACCUGGCAACUGCUGGAAGUCAAAGCUCACCACAACCGCGUGAUCACAACAAGAUGCCUGAUUACUUGGGCCAGUUGGACCAAAGAAAGAACAAUCAGAAAGGAGAAGCUACAAUCCUUCAAGACGAAGAGGCUGAAACAGUUGGUUUUGCACCGCUGGCAAUCUCAACGGAUAAAGCUUCAAGCUGCCAAGGCUUUCUAUCGCCAAGCUGUAGUAGCACAUCUCAGGGAGAUUGUUAGAAGAUGGAGCAUGUAUGUCUCCAAGAAGCAUGAACGAGAAGCAGCCGCUGCUAGGAUGAUCCAGGAACGAGAUGAAAGGUCAGUCCAUAAGAUGUGGACGACCUGGAAACAUCAGAAGCAGCAGACAGAGCGGAUCAAGCAGUUGUACCUCACCAACGUGGCCAGAAAGCAUUUGUUGGCAUGGCACUCUCACUCCUCACACCUACAAACCCUGAACUUCACCAGCGCAGUCAUCAAGAAGCAAAGGAACAGCCACCUCAAACACAGCGUCCUCCAGGCCUGGCAGCGAGCAUACAGAGCAAGUCAACUGGCUCGACAGAUACAGGCCAGGCUCAGGAAGAAGCAGCUCAGCAAAGCAUUGUGGGAUUGGAGGAGGUACACACAGCGAUGCCGCAGCGAGAAGUACAAUCAACAGAGAUUACUCAGAUGGGCCCUUUGUACAUGGCAGUCUCACUGCGCGAAACAAAAGUCCACAAAGCUAUCUGUACUCAGAAUGGUGCAUCACUGGAGGAAACGAACACAACAAUCCAAAGACCUGGUCCAAUCACUGACCUUGUACCAAACUCAUCAUGACACCAUGAAACGCCAGAAGACAUUUGAGUUUUGGAAGUUGGCAUGGCAACAGCAUAGGAAGGCAGCAGGUCAUCGCAAUCAUGUCAUACUUGAAAGAUGUGUUAGUGGUUGGCACACAUUUGCCACAGUUCAGAGACAACGACAAACUGCACUUUUGCUCUGGCAGAAAAACAAAUGCAAGAAAGUGGUUGCAGCGUCCUUUCAGAAAUGGAAGCAAGACCAUCUGUACUGCAAAGAUCUGGAGACGAGACUGGCUGUAUUCUAUCAACAGAGGGCAGCAGAGAUGCUAGCCAGGGUGAUACAAGCCUGGCAUCAUGAGACCAUGGAAGGAUUGGCAGUGAGGAGACACAACACUGUCGUACAGAACAAGGCCUGGCAACGUUGGCGAAAGUCCUUCACCGACACCCAAGUAGCAACACGGAUGACUGAAGACAAGCAGACUCAAGUAAACACAGCGGUGUUCAAUGCUCUCUUAGACUGGUGCCGAGCCAGGAAAUCUCAGAAGGCAUCGUACCAUUUGGUAACCACUCACCACAGAUCACACACCAUACAAGCAGCAUUCACAUUCUGGAAGACUGAAGCACUCCAGAAGUGUAAGGCUUCAACUCAUGCCAACCAAGUCCUACAAUCAAAGGUUGUACGUGGAUGGAGCAUCGCAGUUCAAAGAACAAUUGCCUUACAAGUUCUGUCGGGAACCACACAGAGGACCUGUAAUACACUAAGACAACAGUCAGCAUUGCGCGUCUGGAUGCACCAGCUUCAACGAACAGUGGUCCUCAAAGGAUGCCUGGAGGGAGCCCUCCAGAGGCGAGACCAGGCUAUGCUGCGGCUGAGCUUUACCCAGUGGAGACAGGAGGCUAUGGCAAGACGCGCAGCCAGACAUCGGGCUAGUCAGACGCUGAAGUGGGGCUGGUCUGUAUGGAGACUGAGAGUGACAGACAGACAGUAUGAAGAGGAUAUGGAUGAACUAGCUGAUGAGCACUACAAUCAACACAUCAGUAAGAAAGUGCUGGGCCUGUGGUUAACAGAGGCAAAGAUUGGUAGACUAGAGAGGAAACGUAGCAACAGACUGGCUAAAAAGUACGGUCUCGUUUGGAAGAAUGGCUGCAAGAUUGCCCACACAGCAGUGACUAUGGACAUGUAUUGGUCAAUUCAGAGAGCUUGGGUCAUCUGGAGACGAGGCAUGAUCCAAAGUCUAAUGUCUAAGACAAUGCAGCAAUAUAGUGAGCGUCAACUCAGAGAACAGUCCUUCAAGGCGUGGCGCAAACAGGCCACGCCUGCAAACAACGGCUUGAGACGAGACCUCUUGAACCGUCGCCUGUACACUGCUUUCCGGGUGUGGCGCGAGCGGACGCAAGCUGUGGUUGACCAAUCACUGGGGGACAAGUCACGCAGCUCCAGUAUCAGCAACCAGUCCUCAUCAGCCGGUUAUACAAGCUCCUCAGGAGCCAGUGAGCUGGCUGGCAUUUGGAUGAAUGCACAAAGGACUGGAUCAGGCUAUGGGGAAGGUGGUAAUCAAGGAUUAUGACAGACGAAAGAAAACAUGUAGAUCUCUUGAAUUAAAUAUGUGCCAUUUUGAGGAUGUUUAUUCAACUUUCAAUUGAUCCUCUGGAGUACCUUGCAAGAUGUCUGUAUCUCUAUUUUAGAUUUCAUUGUAUUUACAUGAAAUACAUGUAUCUAAGUUCAUGCACAGAUGGAAAUAUUUUAUUUUUCUGUCUAUUUUAUUGCAAGCAUUUCUGUUUCAGUAAUACUUUAUUUUUUUUAAUAUUUUCAUUCAGAUUUGCCAAACGUCAGUUCGUAAAUUAUUUAGUAAAUAUCAGUGAAGACUAAGCUUUUUCUCAUAAUUUUGGUAUAUUUACCUAAUUAUCUGAAAUACUCAACUCAGGAGUCUUAAAACAUGUUAAUUGUGCUUCCUAAAAUGUUUGAGUCGUUGCCAGAAAUUUCAAAAUGUGACAAAAAUUUGAUCAAAAUGAGGGUUUUUUUUAAUUUGGCUGAAAAAUGAAAUUGCUUGAAAAUUGCUAGGAAGAUGCCUUAGGGUCUAAAGAGCACAUUCCAGAAAGUUCUGUUGCUAGAUUUGCCAUUCUAUAGAAUUAUGGCACACACAAAAUUGGUAUAAUUGAGAGAGAAUUGCACAUUUUUCUGCAAAAAUCCUUUAUAUUCAUCCAAAUCUUGUAAAGUAUCACUUUCAAGAGUAUAGAAAUAAUGUGACCUGCUCCGCCAAAAAGGGUAUGAAGUUGCGCUGUGCACUAUCAUGUAGUUCAUUCACAUAAAUGUUGAAUGAAUGAAGUGGGGAACAUGUACAAUUUUGAGUGCAUCGUGCCCAAAUCUACAGCAGCUGUUUCAAAGCCUGUUUUCUCAGUUGUGUAAUUUGAACUCCAAGGAAGUCAUUAAUUUGUAAUUACCGUAUGUUAUAUCUCCAGAACAGGAGGGGCUUUGGAGCUCUAUUACAUGUAUUAUAUAUCAAAUGAAAGCUUACAUUAGGGGGCUUUCCAACCAUGUAUAUAACCACGGAUCCUACACACAAGGAUAAACGACUGUUCUGAGCUCCAGUACAAAAUGCACUGAGUAGACUUGCCUUAAUUGGUUCAUGCGUGAUAACGGGCAUUGAUUCCCGUUGGCGCGUAAUCGCGAAUUUUCCAGGUGUGCCAUUGUGUCGGUUUUUUGCAUGACAUCUUAAACGGAAAUAUUCUUAAAACUGUAUGCAAAACUGCUCCUCAUGUAGGACAUAAUUCUCCCAAAAUUGUUACAAAUUUAUACUUCAGGAUAUAACAGAUGGUAUAGUUUUUGUCGUCAUAGAUGAAGUAUUUACCCGGAAAAUAAAUGUCAAAUUUCGAGGAGAACACCGCUUACCCAACUUUCGUUUUUAAUUAGGCUUUCAUUAAGAAGUUUAAGACAGAUGUGAUCUCGAACCGAUGAAACAAAAGCGACAUUUCAUUGUUCAUUUUAAAGCUUACGAUAUUGUGCUCGGUAAUAACAGGGUUAUGCAGUUAUCACUUAUUAGAAUUCAAUAAUAAAGACCAAAAACGUAGAUCAUGAAUAUUCAAAAGUAUAAUUAGCUGGCUUGACGACUUCGACACCUCGGGCGCAGAGCCUGGCCCUGCAAAUCUGAAAGCCGCUGCGCACAGGGGUCUUUGUUGACAAGUACAUGUACAGUCGACUCUCGUUAGUACAAACUCUGUAAAUACAAAAUUCUGGUUAUAACAAACAU